AGAAAAUUUAUGAUUUCGUAUUUGACAAACAAAACAUUUAUUUUUUAGAACCAUCCUUUUUGCCUUUACUUACUCCUAGGAUAUACGACGCCUCUAGGGCGAAACUUACGAAAUUCUCUUACCAAACCGGUUGGAACACCAAAGUUCUGUAGAAAGUAAAAUAUACGAUAUAGAAUGCCAUUGAAAAGAAAAACAGAAUAUAAAUCAAUAGAUAAGCUUGAUCAGAAAUUGAUUCAAAAGGCUUCCGCAGCUUUAUUACAAUACGUGAGACAAAAAGGUUACAAUCCUGAGAAAGAAAGGAUAUAUUUGCAAAUAAAUACAUUUCAUCCGCCUGAGAACGAAUCGUUAAGGAGGCCCGACAAAAUUUUUCUUCCUAAUCGGGUUUUACAUGCAGAAGAUGCCUGCUUAUUUGUGAAAGGCUCUCAGCAACAAUUGCAAGACGAGGUACAAAAGCAAGGGUUGGACGAGAUCAUUACAAAAGUUGUUAGCAUUGCAAGGUUAAAAUUAAAAUAUAAAACAGUCAAAGAAAAGUGUCAGUUACGUGAUUCUCAUAGAUUUUUUUUAAUGGAUAAACGAGCUGCAAAAGACGUGACGGCAUUGAUGGGUACGGUUCUUGCCCAAAAGAAGAUAAAAACAUUUCCAAUUUCCGUCGAUCAAAAGAAAGACACAAUUCGCCAUCAAGUCGCUCGUUGCUUACAUUCUACUUACUUUCAGUUAUCCGCCGGUACAAGUCAUUCCAUUCUAUGCGGAUUGGCUUCUCAGAGUAGUGAGCAAUUGCUUCAAAAUAUCGAAGCCAUACUUCGUGCUCUGCUAGGAAAAUACAUUCCUAGAGGAUGGAAUGCGAUCGAUAAUAUCGCCAUAAAAACAGCCGACAGUGUCUCUCUUCCUAUUUGGAAGUCGGAACAAGCGGCUGCUGAGUAUAAAAGAAGUGUUGUUCACAUCCAAGAUAGCCGUCCUCCAACCAAAAAGGAGUUACGAGCAAUGCAACGGGGUACUCAAGUUCCUAACAAACCUCUCUAAAGCUGCCUUACUAUGCUAUCGUUUGGUUCAUUGACGUCUAAGGAGUAUAAUGUCUGUUCAUCUCUGUAAUUAUUGACUGUGUUGAACGACUAUAUUAUAUUAUAUUUUUAUUUUAUUUUAUUUUUGGAUAAAUAAAAGGUCAUUGGUUUGGUACACUACAACAAUUUCAAGAGUUUCCAUUUUUCAGGCAAGUAUAUGGUAAGGAGUUCAGUUUUGCAUUUUCGCA